GCGCAUUUGGAUUGGAAGGAAAAGAAGUAUCUUGAUUCAAAUAUUAAAUGGGAUAUUGGGAUGUGUCAUCAAAACUUCAUUGAUCGCAGAAAGAAGGAGUUUUCUAUUAUUGAAUUCAAUAAAAAUGUUGGCAUUGCCGUU